AUGGCGACCGUUAACAGACCAACGGAUAUCAAACAGAAGGAGGCUGAUGUCAACCGCAAGCUGCAAAUUUACGGCAUCAUCAACGCAUUCCAGAAUGGCAAGGUGCCAUCGAACGAGCAAAUUGAUGUGGCACUGAACAGUUUUCUUGCCUCCAGGGCUCUCUCCAAGCCCUCGGACAAGUUGUCGGCAGAAGGUCGUGCACUAGUCAACGAUUUCCGGGAAGUUGUCCAGCAAGCAAAGAAUCUGUUGCUCUCCAAGAACGAGGGCAACUUGCUGCAGGACUUCAUCUACCAGACCACCCAAUUCAACCCAAACAGUGUCAGCACACCCAAUGCUCCCAUUACCAAGGAUGCCGCCAAGCAACAUGGCGACAAGGCACUCGAGGGUCUUCGCACUCUCGGCACUUUGCUCAUCACCAACGGUCAAUUCCGUAAGCUUCUGAACGAUGGUGUCCUCCUUCUUCGGGAUAUGGCUGGUGAUGCCGCUUCAAACGCUGCACAAAAAGUGAGACCUUCUGAGGAGAAGUUGUCUCAGAUUGACCACCCUGCCCAGGACAAUACAUGGCAUGAGGCCCCCGACUUCUCCAAGGAGAACGUCAAGGCUCAAAUCAACAGCGCCUACAAGGGAAACCCGAAGAAGGAUGCCCAGGAUGUGGCCGCUGCCGGUCUCGAUGCUGCGCAGCCCAGUGCCUCGGGAGCCAACACCACCGCCGGUACCGACGCUGCCCGUGGCACCGCACAGCAGCACCUGGAUCGCAAUGUCGACCCCGAAACGCAACAGCAGCUGAAGGAGACAAAGGAGAAUGGCAAGGAGACUGCCGCUCAGUACCGUGCUCGUGCUAAGCAAUACUUGGGCAACAAAGUGCCCGAGGAGCGCCGCGACCAGAUCAUCUGGCGCCUGAAGAAAAUGGUUCUGGAAUGCCAGCAGCACCCCGACUACCAGCAGGCCAUCUCUACUCUGCUUGAUCUUGCCGAGGAGUACGGCGGUCACGGUAGACAUCUCGCCUCGGGCAGCACCGGUACCGUCCAGCAGACACGCUCCAGCCUUGCUCAGGCUGAAGCUGACUUGAAGACUCUGAUUGAGAGAUUUGCCAAUGGCACUUCAAGCGAUGACUUCUUUGCCUCGCUCAAUGCCAUUUACGAUGACGCUGACAAGGAUCCCGAGCUGAAGAACUGGUUCAAGUCAUUUGAUGCUUAUGUCCGCAAGUGCCUGCAACAGGAGGGUUUCAUCAUGCAAAAUGCUUCUACGGAGGAGUGGAACCGUCUGUACGACCACGGCAACUACCUCCUUCGUAACAAGUACCGCGGCCACACUGACCGCAUCGUUGAUGAGGUCAAGUUCCUUGCUGGCCAGUUCGACGAAGACCCUGCCAACAGAAACUUUGCCGCUUCCCUCCAGAAGUUGUUCAAUGAUCUCGGCAACGAUGCUAACGGCAAGCCCACUUUCAAGCCUCACUUGGUCAAGGAUUUGACCGACAUUAUCCUGCCUGCUGCGUUUGAGAACAUUGCCUACAUUCCUAUCCCGCGCAUUGAGUACACCGAUCCUCAGAUUGAUGCUGUCAUUGAGAACUUGGUCCUCGAAAGCGACAACUUCAUGCCCAAUGUGCUCGAGAUUGCCAGCGACAACUAUUUCCGCUGGGGACGCAAGAAGAUCACAAACAAGAACAAGAACACCAUCGAUGUCAAGGUCGCCGGUAUUCAGAUGGACCUGCGCGAUGUCAGCUACCACGUCAAGCGCAAGCAGGGAUUCCCCUCCAUUACCGAUACUGGUGUUGCCAACAUCUUCAUGGGUGGCGAUGGAUUCAGCUUCCGCAUGAAGUUGAGCACUGCCGACAAGUCUGACAAGCAGCACUUCUUCAAGCUCGAGAGUGUGAAUGUUGACGUUAAGAACCUGAAGAUCAAGCUGGUUAAGUCUAACCACAAGGCUCUCUUUGGUCUUGUCAAGCCUGCCAUGCUCAAGGUGCUCCGUCCUGUCAUCCAGAAGGUUGCCGAGAAGCAGCUCAAGGAGCAGUUCAACCAGUUCGACCAGCUCAUGUACCAGGUGCGCCAGGAGGCUGACCGCGCUCUUGACGAGGCUCGCGAGGAUCCUUCUCAGGCUCCCAACAUUUAUCAGCGUUACGUCACUGCUCUUCAGAAGCAGCUUCUCCAGGGCAAGAAGAAGGCUGAGGAUGCUGUUGCCGACAAGAAGGUCAACAUGGCUGUUACUCAAGAGGACAGCAUCUUCCCCAACAUCAAGCUACCUGGUGGAAUCAGUUCCAAGGCCACUGAGUACAAGGAGUUGGCUCGUAAGGGCGACAAGUGGGAGAGUCCCGUCUUCUCCAUUGGCUCUGCCAGCAAGAGCACUGAUUUGCCCAAGGCCCCCCAGGUCGUGCGCAAGCCCCAUGAUACUGCCAACCCGAAUGCUGCUCCCGCCAACGGCUACGGCCAUGUGAACGGAGGUGCCCUCAACAGCGGCUAUCCUGCCAACGGAUCUUACAAUGGCAAUGCUUUGAACAGCGGCCUGAACGGAACCAGCAAGCCCCUGAAUGCCAACGGUAUCAACUCUGCUGGCGCAAACACUGUCACGAUCUAG